AUGGCCCUGUCCGCCCUGUCCGCCCUGUCCAGCUCGAUAUUCGUCAGCUGCAGAGGCCCUGCGCUGGCGUUUCAUCAGGUCGACUCCACCGCGCCUGGCCGCUUCCGACCAUGCAUCAUUACCGUACCCAGGCCAAGGAAACCCCCUCCGCACAUCGCAGAUCGCGGGAUCCAGGUCACCGUCCGACUCUCCAUACAUCUACCCAGACAGGAGCAAGGAGCUUACCGGAUUGUGAAUGCGGCAUGCAGGGCUGUUGACGACCAAUCCGUUGAAAUGAGAGGGUGUGGGCAACAUCCCGAGCGAACGGCUAUCCAGCUAGCUGUGCUCUCUCGAAACGCCCCCAACAGAGAAUAG